UGCAGGAGCGGCGGCGCGGCGCUCGGGGCUCCGAGGGAUGCGGAGCCGGGCCCGGGUACCUCUCUGAGGACGGCGAGCGGCUGUGCCGCCAGCACUGCGAAAAGUCCCCAUUUGCUUCUUAUAAAUUAAAGUGCCUUGUCACCAGUUAGGGCAAGUCAGCCAAGGUGUAUCAUAGAAUCAUGAAAUGGUUUGGGUUGAAAGAGACCUUUGACGAACAUCUAAUCCAACUUCGUCUGCCCUGCCAUGGGUUUAGCCAUCUUUCACUAGACCAGGUUACUCAAAGCCUUGAACACUGCAAGGGAUGGGACAUUGGCACCUUCCUUGGGCAGCCUGUUCCAGUGUCUCCAUCAUGCACUGUGUUGUUUCGUAAUUGCCAUUAAGCUCUUACAGCACAAUUAUGGGUGUAUAUAUGCAGCUAAGGAGGCAGUAGGUUUGAUUUGGCAAACCACUUGGAAAAGGAGGAGUGGAGAAGUGCCCUGCAACCAUUGAACAAUAGAAAAUGGUCGGCUGUGGAACUCUAUUGUGAAGACCUCAGAAGAAAUAUCAAUUUUUCCAGUCAGCUUUUCAUAAUGUAAAUAUAAUUUGAGCUUUCCCAAAUGGGCAGCUAAACCAUGAACAAGCAGAAAAACCUAAUUUGGACUGUAUUUCUGAAGCAGACUUCACCUUCACUCUCGGGAACUUACUGAAGGAUUACAGCUGAAAAGGACAAGAGAAAGAAAACCUUGAACAGGAAUCUUAUCCUACAAUGAGAAUUACAAGUACAUCUUGUAUCUGCCCAGUCCUAGUUUGUCUCUGUUUUGUACAAAGAUGUUAUGGAGCUGCUCACCAUGGCUCCAUCAAGGUGACCAGGAAUCAAACCAAACACAUAGAAGGCGAAACAGAAGUGCAUCAUCGUCCAAAGCGUGGAUGGGUGUGGAAUCAGUUCUUUGUUUUAGAAGAACACAUGGGACCAGAUCCUCAAUAUGUAGGAAAGCUGCACUCCAAUUCCGACAAAGGUGAUGGAUCAGUCAAAUACAUUCUUACUGGAGAAGGGGCAGGGACUAUAUUUAUUAUUGAUGACACAACUGGAGACAUCCAUUCAACCAAAAGCUUAGAUCGAGAGCAGAAGACACACUACGUGCUUCAUGCCCAAGCUAUUGACAGACGGACAAACAAGCCACUCGAGCCCGAAUCUGAGUUCAUUAUCAAAGUGCAGGAUAUCAACGACAAUGCACCAAAAUUUACAGAUGGACCAUACAUUGUUACUGUGCCAGAGAUGUCUGAAAUGGGUACGUCUGUUCUACAGGUGACAGCCACAGAUGCAGAUGACCCCACAUAUGGAAACAGUGCCAGAGUAGUGUACAGUAUUCUUCAGGGACAGCCAUAUUUCUCUGUUGACCCCAAAACAGGAGUCAUCAGGACUGCCUUGCACAAUAUGGACAGGGAAGCCAGAGAGCAUUAUUCCGUUGUCAUUCAAGCCAAAGAUAUGGCUGGGCAGGUCGGAGGGCUGUCAGGGUCAACAACUGUAAAUAUCACACUCACAGAUGUCAACGACAAUCCACCCAGGUUUCCUCAGAAACAUUAUCAACUCUAUGUUCCUGAGUCGGCUCAAGUUGGAUCGGCAGUUGGCAAAAUCAAAGCAAAUGAUGCAGACACUGGUUCAAAUGCAGACAUGAAGUACACGAUCAUAAAUGGUGAUGGCGCUGGGGUAUUCUCCAUAUCUACUGACAAAGAAACCAGGGAAGGAAUUCUCUCUCUGAAGAAGCCACUCAACUAUGAAAAAAAGAAAUCAUAUACACUUAAUAUAGAAGGAGCAAAUACUCACCUGGAUUUUCGCUUUUCGCACCUGGGACCAUUCAAAGAUGUAACAAUGUUGAAGGUCAUCGUUGGUGAUGUGGAUGAACCCCCUCUCUUCACCAUGCCUUCCUAUGUCAUGGAAGUUUAUGAAAAUGCAAAGAUUGGGACUCCUGUUGGCACAGUAACAGCACAUGAUCCUGAUGCUGCAAACAGUUUAGUGAGAUAUUUCAUUGAUCAUAACACAGAAGAAGAUAGGUAUUUCACCAUUGAUGCUAGUACUGGAACCAUUAAGACUGCCAAGAUCUUUGACAGAGAGGAGACACCUUGGUACAACAUCACAGUGGCUGCUUCUGAGAUAGACAACCCUGAGCUAGUGAGCCACGUUCCAGUUGGUGUUAGAAUCCUGGAUGUCAAUGACAAUCCUCCCGAGCUUGCCAGAGAUUAUGAUGUAGUCGUCUGUGAAAAUUCAAAGCCUGGUCAGGUAAUUCAGACUAUCGCUGCUACUGACAAAGAUAACUCUGCAAAUGGCGCAAGAUUCCAUUUUUCUCUUGAUGAAGGGCUUUCUUUGAAUCCCAACUUUACUCUAAGGAACAAUGAAGAUAAUACGGCCAGUAUUCUGACAAGGCGAAGGAGAUACAGUCGAACCACCCAAGAUACCUAUUACCUCCCCGUUUUGAUUUCUGAUGGCGGCGUGCCCCCUCUCAGCAGCAGCAGCACCCUCACCAUCCGGGUUUGUGCCUGUGAGAGGGACGGACGAGUGAGAACUUGCCAUGCUGAAGCUUUCCUCUCCUCGGCGGGCUUGAGCACGGGAGCUUUGAUUGCCAUCCUGCUCUGCAUUGUCAUCCUUCUUGUUUUCUCUUUAGCAAUUGUGGUCCUUUUCAUCACCCUAAGACGUAGCAAGAAGGAGCCUUUGAUCAUUUCAGAAGAAGAUGUCCGGGAAAAUGUUGUGACAUACGAUGAUGAGGGAGGUGGAGAGGAAGACACAGAAGCAUUUGACAUCACAGCACUGCGGAAUCCAUCUGCUGCUGAAGAGCUGAAAUACCGGAGGGAUGUUCGGCCUGAAGUGAAGCCUCUGUCCAGGCAUCAUCCCUCCUCAAGCCUUGACAGUAUAGACGUUCAGGAGUUCCUUAAUCAAAGACUGGCAGAGGCUGAUCUGGACCCCAGUGUGCCCCCAUAUGACUCCCUGCAGACAUAUGCCUAUGAGGGUCAUCGAUCAGAAGCUGGGUCUAUCAGCUCUCUGGAUUCAGCAACGACACACUCUGACCAGGAUUAUAAUUACCUUGGAGACUGGGGACCCGAGUUCAAGAAGCUAGCUGAACUCUAUGGGGAAAUAGAACCAGAAAGAACAACUUAGUUGUAAUUCCCGGAACAGAGAAGUUCCUAAACCACUGGACAGAUAAUGACAACAAUGGUAACAAAAAAAAAAAAAAAGUGAAUACAGUACUUGGAACUGAGUAAGUUGUAUGCAGUUACUGUAGAACAAGUGCCCUUUUCAUAUUUGAAACUGGGUUCUCCAAUUGAAAGAAAGUCAAAUUUUGGAAAAUACAGAAAAAAGAAUCUAUUGUCCCUUGUGUAUUUUUUUUAAUUGCUCAUUAAAGUGUCUGGUACCUUAUCUGCAACAAUACCGAAAGUAAAGCCAAGAAAUGACAUUUUUAUUGCAAUAUGCAUAACAGCUCCAAGCUGCAGUGAGUUUAUGGUCAUGUCUGUUUGAGAAGAGAGCUAAAAAAGGAUCAAAUGUCUUGCAGGUGGUUGUAAUGUUGCAUUUCUAGCUGUGCUCUAGGCCUUGUGAUCCCAACAUGAGGUAGACAAUGAGGUUUACUAUCAGUGUGAGAAGUGAUACCAGUCUGUUUCCUUUACAGAGGUGAUAAGCCACACCUGUCCUCUUAAAUAAAUUGUCCUUUGAUGAUUUAAUCUUAUUGGCUUAGCAGGUUGCAUUGAGAAGCUGUCAUUUUGUAAUGUCCUUCAUAAUCUUGUCAUCCAUAACCAGCUAACAGAUGGAGGGCAUAAUUAUCUGUAUCUCAAACACAGCUCUAGCUCAUAACCCCAGACCUGCUCUGUUACUGCGUGCUGGAGGAACUGUUGUUUCCAGUGUUGUGCUUUUUCUUUUUGUCUUUUCAUGGAAACAUCAUCCAUCUAAAUGGAAUAGGCCCAAAGUACUCUUUAUGCAGCGAAGCAGAUGAAGCAUAGGCUUUUUCAAUAAAAACAACAAUGGCAGCACCAUUAAACGACAUGGCUUUUUGGUUCACUGUGCUUCACUUGUGUCAAGAGCUGAAGCUUUUUAAAUCUUUUGCUGGUCUGAGUCCAGAAGCUACAACAGUCUGUUUGAAACCCAGAGUUCUUAAUCACAAUGUUUUUCUAUUUCUGUGUGUGACUAAAAGCAAAAUAGAGCUGCUGGUAAGACAUUGGGAUGGUGAAAAUUGAAGCAAGGAGAAUAAGAUGAUGAUGCAUUUUUCUUUUAAAUUCAAUUCUACUGAUAUUUAUUUCUCUUAGAGCAUUUGCCACCUCAGCAGAACAAGAUGGUUUUUCCCUAUUUCAAGCAUCAUGGAAACAAGAGCAUUUCAAGUCAGUGAAAGAAAUAUACCAUUACUGUGGUUCCUAUGGAUUAAGUAAAUUGAUUUCUUACAUUAGUAACUUUAGAGCAUUGCAGGAAUGAUAGUUCUCCUUAACAUAGCAAGCUGCUUAACACCUAAUCCAGCAAUUAUUUUCUUUUCUUUUUUUAGCAUUGCAGCAGCAGAACUGCUAAACAGUUCUUUUUAACAUAGCAGCCUGAUUAGCACCUCAUAUAGCAGAUUUGGAUUUUUCUUUUUCUUUGUUUGGAUUUUUAACCUUUUCUUUGUCUUUCUGGUGAUAAUACUGGGUGAGGACAAGGAACUCACAAUAUCUCAUGAGAGAUUAUGACCUAUAAUACUCACGAUCAUUAUCAACAGUCCUCUGCUCCUAAUUCUAGCUCCACUUUAGGCAAAUGGAUUUCUUCCAGUAUGCAUUUGAUUGAAAAACCAUCCAGAGUAGAAGCUGUGCACUUUUUUUCUUACUCUGCAGUCUGGAGUGCAGAGUGAUGCAGAUUUGUAUGCUGUACUAGAUUCCCCCCUCUGCAUUUUAGGUGCCACGUAUAUUCAGCUUAGUAAAGAAGAGUCUAUAUUUAUUGCUGAUCUACUGUGAGCCUCACAGGUGAACUAGAUAAUUAAGCCUUCUUUUCUUUACUCUAUGGUUGGAUAGGUCCUAGAAAUGACUGAAAUUUCUGAUCAGUUUACUUUGAAGAGAUUUUUUUUUUCUCCUGAGAUGUAGUUGACUGCUUUUGGUUUAAACUGCCUUCUGGGAAAAAUAGCAAGUAGCUUUGUAAGCAACUUUUACACUCUAAAAAGUAUUAGUUGUACUGUGGUUCCAGAGUUGUUUUUUUGUACACUAUUUUGUUUAAAAUUUGUAAUUACUCUUCUUUCUUUCAGAAUCUGAACCCACAUAAAAAUUUAGUAGGGAAAAACACCUGAACCCUAAGAUAUUCUGCUGAUGAUUUGAAAGUAGUUUAAUAGUUUGUGUUAAUUUUUUUUAUAUGCUUUUUAUGAAAUACAGAGUCUUUUAGAAAAGCAUUUAAGGAGGCAUUCUUACUGUAGAGUGAAGUUAGAUGCAGUAAGAGUUACACACAAGCUGAGAAUGGUUGUCUUUUAUUGUCUUUUUUGGGGGUAGAACUAGGAUAUGUUUCAGUUUUGUCCCAAAUAAAGCAACUAGUAUUGUGUGAUUUUUAUUAGGAGCAAUUUUCCUUUUAUUUAAGUCACACUUGCUUUAUUCCAACAUCUAAAUUUUUACACUGUAUGAGUAGCAUGUUAAAAGCAAAAUGUUUCAGCAUUACUGCUACUGUAAUACUUUGUAUUACAGCUGCAUGAAAAUUGCAUUCAUUGUUGUAUUAUAGUUUUGAGAACUGGGUAUUAGUUAUCUUUAUGUCUAUUCCCUCUGGCCCUACACCAAAGCAGGGAAAAUCAAUUGUAUUUUGUGUUUAAAGCAGUGUUUGUGCCAUUGUUUUUUUUAAUUUACAUCACAGAACAUUCAGACUUACAGGCAACAGAAGUGCAGUGACACAAGCAAAUAGUCAUUCCUUAUGCUAAUGGUCAGUUUAAGUCAACAAUAACUCAGAGAAAUAAUAUUUCCCUUUUUGCCAUUCCUGGUGCUGUCUUUGCUGCUAUACAGCACAUGCAUCACACCCCAGGAAACCUGAAUCCUUUGAAACUCUGCAGGGUUACUGAGACGCUGCUUCUGUGAUGCUGCGGUGUGUCCUGUUUGGUGCGUCCCAUCCACGGUGAUCGCCAGAUGUGCUUCUCUACCAUGAUGUGUCUGCAUGCUUGCUAUGCUUACUGUGUUGUAUUCAAAUUCACAUCACAGUGUCGUGUUGUUUGCAUGACAAGUAACAGAGUGUUAAAUCUUCAGGGCCACAGAAGAAGGCCUCACAGUGCAGAAAUAACAAGUUUACAAUUUUAUUAACCCAAUCUCUUUUUUUUUUUUUUUCCUUUGGUCGUUUAUAUCCUAAAACCAAAUUUAAACUAUAUUUGAGAAAUUCGCUGUUGACCUAGAUUCUAUGUUGAAGUAAAAGAAAAUUAACACUGGAUGGCACAAUCAUUAUUGUAGCAUUGCUGAUUUAAACACAGCACAUAUUCAGUGAAAGUAUUGUGGGAAACUUUUUCUCAAUUUAUGGUUGUCUGAUUAUAUUUACUAUGCUUAAAGCUUUCAUGGAUCUUUUGUGUACUCAUAUUCUCAAAUAUUUUCCUAUUAGCCUAAAUAGUAAUCCUGUUGCUGCUUAACAACUAAAUGCUGAAAACUGCCAGUUUGACUUAAACUGAAAAUACUGAGUAAAGUUAAAUGGCACAUGCAAAGUGAUACUUAAGGGCUUUUCUAUUUACAAUUUGAUUUCUACAACAACCAUUCAACUAAUAGUACAUUUCCACCAAAAUAAUUAGCUGCAUUCCUUCAAAAAAACCCUCUUUCUUGUAAUGGUGAGGGCACUCGGUAUGCUGUAAUCUUGACAAGUCAAAAAAAUGAAAAAAAUGGUCAGUAUAAGAAUUGAAAAAUGUGAAACUUAAUUGUCAAACUAAAACCUGUCAAAAAUGUAGUUUAAUGCACUUUAAAGACAAGAAAGAGCUUGAAUUCAGCUGGCGUUAGAUUAAGAUUCAUACAUUGAAAACAAAUUAAUUUGUUUAUCAGUGUUACCUUUUAUUACCAACACAUAGAAUACUGUAAAAGUUGAAAGUAACUUCACUCUGUUAUGCACUUUAUUUUUUUGCAUUAUUUUUAGAAAACUAAAAUAACUGCAAACAUUUUUGAGUUUUAAUUCUAAUUGAUGCAAUUGUUUAAAUUGUGAAUACUGAAAGAAAAUGUCUAUGGCAAAGUAUUAUUUAUGGUAUUUAAGAGGAAUUACAAAAUUUUUUUGGUCUAAAACUUUUUUAAAUCAUCCUUUAAAAAAUAUAAGUAUUGGACCAGUCUGGAAUUAACUAAACUCAUAAACUCACACAAGGGUAACAAAGGGAAUAUUCUGAAUGCAAAGAAGGAUAUGAAAUUAUGCUGCUUAGUGUUACUUUGUGGAUUAUAAAGUGCUAACACCUUGUACUUGCAGUACGUAUAAAUGGCACAGUGCAUUCUAAGGAACAUUAGAAGUGUGUUACAAGUUUUGGGCCAUUCUUAUUUUUCCAAAGUCUCCAAAAAUAUAUAUAUUUUUUUUAACAAAAGAGUAAUGUAAAGUAUACCUCCUUAUGCAAGUGUUACUGAUAGAAAAUUGUUACAUUUUCUUUUAAUAAACAAAAGGGACAAAAUCUUUUAUUCGUAUUUUUCAAAUAAAAUGUGCUCUUUGCUAUGGUGAUGGGUUAUUGUAUUCCUCAUCACAACCAGAAUGUGUUAUUUUGCCUUCACUCCUGUAUCCUACACUCACCGAGGAACCAGAACAUCUGCAGACGCUCCAUCUUUAUGACCCGGGUGUGACACAGUUGUAUUAAUGAGGCCAAUGCCAGAAACUAUGUGGGAACUUGAGCUGGAUCUGAAAUGCCUGGUAUUGUCCCUUGGUGGUGCCACUAUUUCAAAGACUGCCUCACAUGAUUAUUGCUACAGAUGGAUGGGGAUGGAGAGAGACACCAUAAGAUAGUUUACAACAGACUGCAGUAUAGCUGCUAAAUGGUUCAUUACUUUUACUUGUGGCAACUGUUCCUCUCCAACCAUCACUGUCUGAAACUGAAAUACAGGGUUGUAGGACGAAUACAUUAACCACAUGAGUUAAAAAGUGGGGAAUUGCACAUCUAUGAAUCCAAAUUGGUGGUAAAAGCCAUGGUUGUUAUCCCAAGGUGACACAGAAGGCAAAAGUAGACAAGGACAUUUACAAUGCUCA